GCAGCAGAAGAAGAGGAGGCAGGGGUGUGAGAGCCCAGGCAGCAGGCAGACACCCAGCCUGGAGGAAUUCCCCUCUGCAGCACCCACCCAGCAGCUGAGACCAUGGGCCAGAAUGACCUAAUGAGCACGGCUGAGGAUUUUGCAGACCAGUUCCUGAGAGUGACGAAGCAGUACCUUCCCCACGUGGCUCGUCUGUGCCUGAUCAGCACCUUCCUGGAGGAUGGCAUCCGCAUGUGGUUCCAGUGGAGCGAGCAGAGGGAUUACAUUGAUGCCACGUGGAACUGUGGCUAUUUCCUGGCCUCCAUCUUUGUGUUCCUAAAUCUCUUUGGACAGCUGAGCGGCUGUAUCCUGGUGCUGAGUAGGAACUUUGUGCAGUAUGCCUGCUUCGGCUUGUUCGGAAUUAUAGCAUUACAGACCAUUGCUUACAGCAUUCUGUGGGAUCUGAAGUUCUUGAUGAGGAACCUUGCCCUUGGGGGAGGCUUGCUGCUGCUUUUGGCUGAGUCACGGUCAGAGGGGAAAAGCAUGUUUGCCGGUGUCCCCACCAUGCGGGAAAGCUCCCCCAAACAGUACAUGCAGCUGGGUGGACGUGUGCUACUGGUCCUCAUGUUCAUGACGCUGCUACAUUUUGAUGUUAGCUUCUUUUCUAUUCUCCAGAACAUCGUGGGCACAGCCCUGAUUAUCUUAGUGGCAAUUGGCUUUAAGACCAAGCUGGCUGCCUUGACUCUGGUCAUCUGGCUGUUUGCCAUCAACAUCUACUUUAACGCCUUCUGGACCAUCCCAGCCUACAAGCCCAUGCAUGACUUCCUCAAGUACGACUUCUUCCAGACCAUGUCUGUCAUUGGAGGGCUUCUCCUGGUGGUGGCGCUGGGUCCUGGUGGCGUCUCCAUGGACGAGAAGAAAAAAGAGUGGUAACGGGAGCAGCGUAGCUUCUCAGGACACAACAGCUUAGGUCCAGGACUGAUUCUCUAUGGAGUCAACAAAAACUGCCAGCAUUUUACGUAUACCUGCCCCUCCCGUACCUUCCCCUGUUAAAGGCACAGAUGUCUUGAGAAUUUAAUUUACAGUGGCACCAGUAAUCUGAUCAUAGAUGAUAAAUCCUCCUUCUUCAAGGAACAUUGCCUAGGUUUAUUUUUUUGUUUUGUUUUUAACUUCCUAGAAUUGGAACUAACCCAAGGAAUCCACAUUUCAUUGAGUACUUCAGUAAUGGCUUUUAAAUUUAAAGUACUGUGAGCAGAUACACAGCAGUAUCAUUCAGUGUGCUGUUUGGUUAUUUUUUCUGUUUCCUUUUUAACUCUAACAAGUGAAUUCCCCACUCCCCGCAGAGAACUAAAAAUCCUCUGUGUAUAUAAAACCCAGCUGCUGGUUAGAGCAUUGUUUGUACAAUUGGAGAGUUACGCUAAGCGAAGACAUUGGUUUUAAAAAAUUACAGUAUUAUGUACCCAGGUCUGAGCAAGGGGAAGGUCCUUUCCACACCCAAAGAGACAGAGGGAGGGAGAAAGAAUGUCAGAAGCAGCUGCAUCCUUCUCUAGAUGAGGAAAAAGAGGGUUUUAUUUUCUGUAAUGAAAAUGGAAUGUCUCAUUUCUGUUCCUGAACG